UGUUUACGUCAACGUAGCGAUGUAGGAUAGUUAAGCUAGGAUUGUUGUUGUUGUUGUUGUUUGUUGUUGUUUGUUUGUUUUUUUAAUGAACACAGGAGAAUGAUAUCAGCGCGCAAAUUUUCAUUUCAGUUUGAAAUGUUGAUUUGAGUUUAAACUAAUUUGCGAUGUAAUGUAACGACUCGCAUUUCAUUACCAGUGUUUGUUUACAACCGCAAUGAAAUAGCUUUUACUUCCGAAAAUAGUUACCGGCAAAAGGUACUUCCGGGUCACUUGGCUGUAGCUUGUAGGCUUAACAAUACGGUUUAUUUAUUGCGAAGUAUCCGUUGUGGUUCUGUCGCUUUGGCAUGGAUCAGAUUGUUUCUCAGUCCAAAAGUGUCCUUUGCACUUUGACAGAUAAGAAAGAUCUGUCCAAAUAUGUCUGUUUUACACAAAAGAAGCCUGCAGGGAUAAUCAUUGGACUGAGUAAUGGUGAAGCUGUUUGGGAAGCAGAUCUGUCAGAGGAAACCCUUUCACAACUUAAGAAGAAAUUAUCAUUGAAAUCAACAGAAGACUAUGCCCUGAAGUUAAAGAAUGCGUGCAGGAGCGGCAGUGCGUUUGUCUCCCUGCAGGAGGAUAACGCUGUGCUUCACCUUGGCUCUGAAACUACAGACUUCGAUGUGUCUUUCUCCAGGCUCGCAGAUCAUGAGGGAAGGACAGAGCUCAAAGAUCUGCUCUUUAAGAUGGCAGACAGUCUCAUGCAACAGGACAAUACAGGAGCCACAUCUUCAUCAAGCCCUCUUAAGACCUCACAGAAGAGGAGCAUAGGAUUUGAACCCAGGAGACAGCCCGCUGGCCCAACGAUAGCAGUAAAGAAACGCUUUCCAGGGGAUUCACUCAUCAACCCAGGAACCAAACGGAAGCGCUCUGCUACAGGGGUGGCUUUUGACGAUGGAUGUGACACAUGACUCUCCUGACACUGACAUGACUGCUCACAUUCCUGUUGUAACCCUCCAACACUAUCAGUGCAAUUACUACAACUCUGACUGUUUUUAUUAACUCAAAUAAUUAUGAAGUAUGAUUUUUAAAACUUGCAUGAUUUUAAACCUUUUAACCCUACUCUGAAAUAAAUAUAUAAAUAAAUAAAUGCUACUUUUUAAUAAGACAAA